AUGGAGUGUCUUGUUCGUGUGGCAUGGUUUGAAUUGAACAGUCGGUGCGUGAUUGCUGGGUCGCCUGUGGAGGCCGUUGAGAGGGCAUAUGCAUUGGUGAGUGGAUUGCAGCGGGUGGAUGUGGCGUUGGAUGGAAGGAGCGGUGCGGUGAGAACGUUCCCAAAGCGCCAGUCUGCAGAUAUCGAAUAUCCUAUGAGUAUUGUGGUAGGAUAUCGGUUCAUGCGUGAAAGUGUUACGUCUGCGUUCCUAUACAUGCUGCUUGGUCUGUGCGUGAUUGCUGGGUCGCCUGUGCAGGGCGUUGUGAGGGCAUGGGCAUUGGUGAGUGGAUUGCAGCGGGGGGACGUGGCGUUGGAUGGAAGGACCG